AUGCCAAAGCACUACUGCGAUUAUUGUGAUGUGUGGCUGACCCACGACUCUGCAGCGGUCAGAAAAGCUCAUAACAGUGGCAGGAACCACCUGAGCAACGUCAGAGAAUACUACGCUUCCCUCGGCCACGACAAGGCACAGACCAUUAUCGACCAGAUCACACAAGCGUUUGAGAGGGGUGGAGGACCACCUCCCGGUGGCUUCAACUUUCAAUUCCCCCCUCAGCCUGGUGGUCCCUUUGGUCAGCCAGGCUUCCCCCCUCCCGGAUUCCCGCAAGGGCCACCUCCACCCGGCAUGGUCCCUCCUCCUUUUAUGCCCCCGCCGGGAAUGAUGCCACCAGGUGCGAUGCCACCAUUUCCUCCUAAUGGCGCGCCGAAUGCAUUCCCUCCUUUCCCUCCAAACAAGCCUGCGGAUAAUGCUUCCGGAGGACCACCGCCAACACUCUCAACCAGCUACUCGAGUAGUUUGCGAGCAUAUUUGGCAACACAAUCAAAGACCCAACCAGCACUUCAGCUCGCUUUUGAACCUUCGCAAAUCUACAUCUCCGAGAGCACGUCUCCAAUAUGGAAUCUAUCAUUAGAAGACCUGCUCUUUCGACGAGCCCCAGCAGACAAGCCCCUUCUUCUCUUGUAUAGGAACACGCCUUGCGUCGUCAUCGGAAGGAACCAAAACCCAUGGAAAGAGAUUAAUCAAGCCGCACUGCGUGCCGCAAACAUUCCUUUUAUUCGUCGAAGAAGCGGAGGAGGCACUGUUUACCAUGAUCUUGGAAACACUAACUUUUCUCUCCACCUUCCGAGAACAUCCUUUGAGCGACGCAAAGGGUCCGAACUCGCCGUCCCGAAACGAUGUGUGUGUUGGAGAUUACAAGAUGAGUCUUUCAUGUUGCCCUUCUCGACAACUUAUCCAACACCUUUCCACGUCUCAGGUUCUGCGUACAAAAUUAUCAAUACACGGGCAUAUCACCACGGAACCAUGCUCCUCAACGCACAGACGUCUGAUCUCGGCACUUUGUUACGGAACACGAAAGAAGGCAUGACAUUGGGACGCGCUGUUGCCUCUGUUCGCUCCCCCGUUCGCAACAUUAGCCAGGUCAAGAAAGAUGUUACUCAUGAAGCCUUUUGCAAAGCCCUAUGCCAGGCGUUUUCUUCAAGAUUUGGUGGCGACGGUCGGACUGUGCACAUUGGGGAAUCGGAUAUCAACAACAACAUGGCAUAUCGCGCUGAGAAAGAUUACAUUGCAAAGAGUAUGGAAGAGCUCGAGAGCUGGGACUGGAAGUACGGACAGACUCUCGAGUUCACACAUGUAUUGCAAGGCACCUUGAACGGAAGCACUGUGCGAGCCGAGAUUAUUGCAAAGCACGGAAUCAUCACAGCGUGCGAGAUAAGUCAAGAUGGUCAGUACGAACCCUCGUUGAGCGCACAAUUGGUCGGUAAACGGUACGGCCUCUUCGACAAAGCAGACCUCAUUUAUGAAGGGGGGACCGAAUCGGACAUUGUGAAAUGGAUCCAAGACGAGAUGUAA